CGGCUAUCAGUCCGCCGUCGCGUCGACACUUGAACGGUGCCUCGGCUCUCUGUGCCCGUUGUUGUUGCCGGUGUUGCUCGCGUCCCUUCGUCGGUUCCUCAACGAAAUACCUAUGCUGACGGAACGACAUUUAACGCUUCUAGAUUAUACUUUGUCCGUCACAGGGUGAUCAUGGGUUUUCGACUGUUACCCAUUUUUUUGGUGCUCUUUUGUACCUGCAGUGGUCGAGCGCAUACGUUGAAUAUCGGGCAAGAUUCUUCUGUAAUUAGGCCGGAGAGCGAGAACACGACGACGCCGAGCGAUCCGGAAAUAAACGGCAACUGCUCGCCGCACUCGAUCGAGGAUUUCCCCGAGGAUUUGUUCACUUAUCAGCAGCGCCAACGCGGAGCGGUGCUGUUGCACUUGUUCUUCGGCUUCUACUGUUUCUUGCUGACGGCCUACGUGUGCAACGACUACCUGCUGCCCGCUCUCGACUGCAUCUGCGCCGAUCUGCAGAUAAGUGCCGACGUGGCCGGCGCGACCUUCCUCGCGACUGCCAGCUGCUUCCCCGAGCUGUUCGUCAACGUCGUCGGCACGUUCCUCACCGAGUCGGAUUUGGGCAUCGGCACUGUGGUCGGUGGCGCGGUCUUCAACACCUUCGCCACGCCGGCCGUCGGCGCUCUCUUCGCUGCCAAGGGUAUACAGUUGAAAUGGCACAUCCUGUCGCGGGACUGCGUCAUAUACUCGUUCUCCGUCGGGGUGCUCGUUAUCGUCAUGUGGGAUGGAUUGGUUACCUGGUACGAGUCGCUGAUACUACUGCUGCUGUUCGCCGCCUACUUCACCCUGCUCUUCGUCAACGACACUGUUAUGCGAGCUUUAGCCAAAAUUUUCAAGUCCAGCGAGACGAAGAAGCCCAUCGAGAAUGCAGUCGAUACCAAAGCAGAUGCUGUCAAGCACGAGAAUUACGCGAUGCCAUUUGGAACGUACAAGCCGUUCUUCCACGGCGAACUUGUGACUGAUUAUAAGAAUAGUCUGACCAAGAUCCAAGCGCAAGCGAACGCUGAUAAUGGGACAAACGGCGCUACACCGAUCCUUGAAGUUUACACGGAACCAGAAACAAUAUUCAAAUUACCCAAGACUGAAAAUUAUUACGAGAGGUUAUGGUUUGUAUUUGUCUGGCCGAUCAAGUUCACUUUAUUCGUCACCAUACCGGACAGUCGAUUCAAGUGUUUGAGAAAAUUGUAUCCAGCAACCUUCGUCAUGUGCGUAAUAUGGAUUGCCAUCUCAUCGUAUCUUGUGUCUUGGAUGACCACUGUCGUUGGCGACACUAUUGGUAUUCCAGAUUCAGUUAUGGGAAUCACUUUCCUCUCGGCCGGUGGCAAUCUACCUGAAAUGGUAUCCAUCGUCAUACUUUCCCGCCAAGGACACGGCGACAUGGCGAUGAGCAACACGCUAGGUGCGAACACUUUGGACAUACUUUUGUGCCUCAGCUUACCGUGGGCUAUCAAGUCAUUCAUGAGCGGCAGAGCAGUGACAAUAGUGUCGGGCGCGCUCGCCUAUAGCAAUCUGUCGAUAAUCUUCUGCGUGAUUGGCUUCUACGCGGUCACCGCGCUCUACGGUUACGUGCUCAACAAGAAAGUCGCCAUCGCCUGCCUACUCAUGUACGCGUUGUUCCUCGUCUUCGCCAUAAUGCUCGAGCUCAAUGUGUUCUUCUUCGUCAAUCUGCCGAUGUGCUAGGA